CAUCCGCUGCCGAUGAAAUUGAAUCUGCUCCGCCUGCAAGGCAAUAAAAGUGGGCGACUGACCAGAGAGAUGCGUCACAAGUCGGUCGACAGCCAGCGCACACAUAAGUUAUGGAGCCAUGGAUCUGGAUAUCCUGAAUCAGCACUCGUCCACCUUUCCCAGGAUCGCCAUCUGGGCCACAUGGAGCCUGUUGCUAUUAAGCUACCAAGGAUGUCAAGCGAUACCUGGCGGAAGCAGCGGAGAGCGGUAAGAGUAGUUUGGAGUUCCUAUUUUUUGAAUGGACGCUGAAGGGAUAUCUUUUUCAAUGUUUGAAAUCCCGUCUAGCGUCCACAUACGUCUCCACAUGCCGGAGGUGGUGCGUCAGCAUACACAUUUCCAUAAUGUCUACAAGUUACCGAGGAAAAUUCACCCAGUUCCUGUGCCACCACCCACAACAAUCGCAUCAAUGCAUCCGAAUUUCGUGGGAAAACCCCAUGUACAACUUUUGGGCUAUACAACGGCAGUGGGAAAUUCGGGACCAAUGGCUUCCAAUAUAAUGCAGUUGAUGGGAACGGCGACCACGCCCACUAUGAUGGCAACGCCCACCAAUUUAAUGCCCAACUAUGGUCCGGCAUUAUUCGAUAAUUACAAUCAGGAGUCGGCAUUGAGUGCCACAACUACCACAACAACAAUGAGACCUCAGAUUUUGAAAGCCUCCAAGCAGAAACAAUUGCUGCAACAGAUUUUCACACCUCAAAUAAACGAAGAUGAGGAUACCUCAGCGGAGGAUAAUCAAGUGGAGAGCAACUCAUUACUCAAUAAUAAUUUCCUUGAGGCUCUGCAAAGAGAGUAUUUUGCAAAGUUCGGUGGACGACGCAAACGCAAGAAAUCAAGUUCAAAGCUAAGGAAUCCCAACAAGGAAUAUUCGAAUAGCUAUAGAAAUAAACCCUACUACUAUCAGGAUGAGGAUUUGUCCGAGAACUUUGAAGAUUAUCAAGAUGAACAGCCACAUCAUGAGGAUUACGAGGAAGUGAUGGUGAUGAGUGGUCCUCCUAAAUAUGGACGUUAUUAUCCAUCAGAAUCGGAGGAAACGGAUCAGGAUCACGCACAUGGUUAUGACAGUGCAGUGGCCUUCAGUGGUCAGGAUAAUAGCAUUUCAUCCUCCAUGCCAACAAUGGAGGAAUUUCUUCAUGAUGCAAACAAUCCGGCAUCUGGUUAUGGUGUAGGUGGAAACUUUGAACCUUACAACAACUCAAAUGAUAUGUAUUCACAGCCCUGGCAGCCAUCCUCAACGAGUGCCACAAUGAGCAAUAGUUGGUCGAGACCCACUGCCAAUUCCUAUACCAAUUCCUCAAAAGGGCCAAAAUCAAGACCUGUGAGAUCAAGGGGUCGAACUAAAGUUCGAUAUGUCAAGUUGAUCACUAGAAAAAAACGCAAAAGUCACAUUCGCACGAAAAGAUUUCGACCAUAAUCUAA